CACACCAGUCUCACUCUGUUCCUUGCAAUCGCCUCCCCGGAUCCUCCGGCUCAGUUAACGACGUUUGUUGGUCGCUCUUGCUUGUUACGCUCUGACUGUUAUGCCCGACGCUGGCUUUACGUUUUGUGGUGUUCGCAACUGAGACAUUCGGUCACUUCGUAAGAUUUAAGUGUCCUUAAAUCUCUUCUGUCUAAACACGUGUAUAAAAAGUGUUUAGUGAGGACUAGCGAUCAGAAGUUGAUAGAUAAAGAAAGAAGGAAAAUAUGUAUAUAUGAUGAUAUUUACUCGAGUGGAUCUGUAACUAAUCUAUUCCUACUUUUUUCCGAUAAAAAGAAUAUUUACGAAAAUAAAAAUAAAAAGAGAUAAAUAUAUAAGAAUAAAAAAGUGGAAGUGAAGGACAAGGUGUUGGACCCAAAGCUACCUUGACGUCUUGUGCUUCUCACCUCGAGAUAAAGAUAAUAAAUAAAUUGAAAGAUUUAAUAAAAAAGGAGAGAUGAUUGAAACAUCUUAAAACAUGCCUGAGUAUGACAAGAUCUCCCUCCUAGUACUCGCCAAGAAGAGGUAACACACUAGCACGGCCAACUAGGAUGCAUUUGACUGUCAUGAAGGGACGGGUUGACAAGGGCACGACAGUCCUCCUGGUCCUCCUACCACUCCUAGUAGACCUAGUUGCAUCCCAGGAGCUUAACACAGACAGUUCCCAGCUGGACGACAUGGAGGAGGUCCAGGUGGUUGUUGGGUUCAACGCGUCACUCCCCUGCAGUAUACGCGCCCCGGAUCACGACGCGCCGACGCUCACGCUGUGGUACAUCGCCGACGGGGAGGCGCCAGUGUACAGAACUUCAGCAACUACUCGCGUACCGGCAGUGCCAACUGUGCCACCUGCGUCAACACUAAGGGCCUCUGAUAACGCAAACUUUCCACGGCAGAGCAAUUCGACACUUAAAGACUGUGCCAAUAAGGCUCACAUUACCAACAGCUUAGAGACUAUUAUCAGCACUGGUACAGGCAAGACAAUCCUGGAUGAAGAUCUCAAUAUCCACAAGGUGUGUGGAAUGUGUGCCAAAGUCCCUCUCCAACCAGCAAGUGCAGUUGCGUUUGGAGUGCCGACGGGCAUGACGCCUAUCAGCCGGGAGAAUUGCAUCGAAAUGCUGAAAAGGUUCAGGGAGACGAGGAAGAAGAGACCACAGCAGUGGAUCAGUGGAGACAGCUACGACGAGCGACCGGGCUACCACAAAGGGUCCCAGUGGGCUGACACGGAUGUCUUUGGGUCGAGGGCCGUCUACAGCGCCCACAGCAUCCCGCCCGCGCUCGUGUUGGCCCAAGCUACUGUUGAGGACGCUCGCCUCUACCGCUGCAGGGUCGACUUCCAGAAUACUAGGUCACGGGUUGCUUGGGUCAAUCUCACUGUUAUAGUGCCGCCCAGGAAGCUUCAGCUGAUGGUCCUGAAUUCGCCGGUGAACUUAGGUGACCGCAAUGACGUCAUUUGUAAGGCCUUUGGAGGCACGCCUCCACCCCAGGUUGUUUGGUUGCAGCGCGGGAGUGUGGUAGACUCUUCCUACACUCACACAGGCGAGGAAACCUACAACGUUCUCGAGGUUGAAGCCACGAGAGCUGAUCUGACGCACCCGUUUUUCUGCAAGGCUACGAACAACGACCGCAUAGGACCCGAUACUGUACAGCACGAGAGGAAUGUUACGUGUGGCCCUCUCAGCGUGACAAUCAGCGGGGAGGAAGAGCCCAUUGCAGAAGGCAGGUCAUCCACCCUGACCUGCACCGUCAUAGGGAGCAACCCACCCGCCCUCGUGACCUGGUAUCAACAAGGUCAAAUGAUCAAACCCUUACAUACUGUGGUGCGAGAGCGAGAUAACGUGACGACCAGCGUGCUCACCCUCAAUGCCUCCAGAUCCGACCACAUGAGGCAGCUGGUGUGUCGAGCGGUGAAUGCUCUUCUGCUGGAGGAAACCUUGGAGGACAUACUCACCCUCGAUGUCCAGUACAAGCCGAUUGUGACAAUGUCCCUUGGCAGGUCGCUCGAUCCGGACAAUUUGAGAGAAGAAAAUGACAUAUUUUUCGACUGCAAGGUCGACGCCAACCCGGAUCCAUAUAAGGUCGAAUGGUGGCAUGACACCGACCUGGUGACCCAAAAUCUGGCCGAGGGUGUGCUGGUGAGCGAGUCGACGCUGGCCCUCCAGAGAGUCUCGAGAGAUAAGUCCGGUUCCUAUCAGUGUCGAGCGUCGAACGUGGAGGGCGACACUACGAGCGACCCAGUCAAUAUUUCCAUCAAGUGCCUACAGGAGCCUAUCAACGUGACUUGUGAGGUCGACGCUGAUCCUGUCGACGUCACCUUCACGUGGACCUUUAACAACUCGGUGCGGAGGGAACAGAGCGAGAUCGUGGACAGCAAGAGGUACACAACAGAGAAGCUGCGAAGUGUCCUGUUCUACACUCCGAGAUCUGAGCGUGACUACGGAACUCUGCUCUGCCACGCCCAAAACUCCGUCGGCCUGCAGACCACGCCUUGUUCUUUCACUGUUAUAUCAGCAGGUCCCCCCCAAGAGGUCACCGACUGCGUGGUGGACAACGUGACCUCGCACACUUGCAGCGUCGUGUGCAUUCCGGGAUUCAACGGCGGUCUUCCUCAGUCCUUCAUGUUGGAGGUAUGGCUCCUGGACCCCGUAAAGAGUCAACAAAUCGUCCUGAACUACACCCUGCCUCAGCCUGUGUUCUCUGUGCGUUCGCUCUCACCGGGUCAGCACUAUCGCGUUCACGUCACGGCGGUAAACGGACGAGGCGCCGCUCCUGCUGCUGUGCUGGAGAUCCACACCCUGAAGGAGGCUGAGAUGCAUAAGAGUAUGUAUUUUGAGUCGGGUGUUUAA